AUGUUGUCACGGCCUCCACUCCGGAUGCUGUCCAUCCUCGCGCUCCUUCUCGCCCUCACACAAGCCGCCUGGCUAGACUCUGUGAACAUCUUCGGGCGGGAAGAUGCAAAGAAGGCAGUCUCUGCAACGGCUACCUCGUCGGCGGAGAGCACAUCGGCCCAAGUCUCUACAUCAGCCACAUCCGCGGCAGCGUCCACCACAGCAGAAAUCAGCACCUCUGCAUCUGCCACUCCUUUGACAACGUCUAAAGCAGACUCAACCUCAACACCAGUCCAAAGCCCGACAUCGAGCGCCGCUCUUUCGACCUCCGAGACUCCUACCACAGCGGCUGUAUCCACUAGCUCGGACGCUGCGCAAACAACAUCGGCCUCCGACGCCGCGUCGUCUUCGUCGUCCGAGGAUGUCAAGACCACCUCAACCGAGGAUUCCAGCAAAACUACCCAGACCCCGGAGGUUGUUACAACCACGAGCCAGUCUGUCAAUGUUGUCACAGCCGUUUCGACCGUCAGCGGUUCCCAAAUCACCUUCACAUCAUCUUCUACUGCUGAUGUUGUAAUGACUGCUACCAAUACCGCGGCUCUCGCCAGCCAGACUAGCAGCAGCUCCUCUAGCGGCAUGUCACAUAAAACCAAAAUAACAGUUAUUGGUGUGGUUGUCGGUGUAGGUGGUGCUAUUGUGCUCGGAGGGCUGUUCAUCGUCGCAUGGCGCAUAUGGGGGAGGAAGAAGAGUAGUGAUGAAGGCGACGGAUUGAUGGGAUUCCAAACGGGAAGCGCAGGGCAUGAGAAGACGGGCAGUGUUGGUGGAACCGCGCAGGCCAAUCCUUUCCAGAGCACGCUGGAGAAUUAUCACAACCCGGCGAGGACCAACGUCAACGCAUCGUCCAAUUUUUGA